GCGACUCCGGGUUUCACUAUCCUUAACUCUUCACGCUUUAUCGUGAGGGCCGAGGACUCUGAUUGGCCACUGUUGCCACUGUCGAAUUUCUCCCCUAGCCAGACACAGAACAAGGCGAAUCACCUUCUUCCCGUUCGGCUAACUUCGGCAUUUUCCGCUCCUUGGGCGUGGUUUUCAAGCAACACUUUUUCAUUGGUUCCUCAGGCCCAUCGGCUUUUUCCGGGAGAAGCCGCAAACAAACGACGCCCAUGAUUGGCUCCGCUCAGGCUUCGGUUCCCCAACGAAGCCGGCGGGCGCGGGGUUCGGCCGGCUAUUCCCAGACGCCUAUUACGCGGGCGGCGGGGCGCUGGGCGGUGUAAGGCUGGGUGGGGGAGGAAGGAGGCGGAGGACGAGUAGGAGGGGGGAGGGGGAGUGGGGAAGCGCUAGGCGGCUGCGCAGACGACGUUCCUCACACAGAGCAGCCCCCGACCCGGGCGAAUGCGGGCUAGUGCUGCUGCUGCUGCUGCUGCCGCCGGGCCGAGUGACAAAGGAAGGAAGGAAGCGAGGAGGAGCCGGCCCCGCAGCCGCUGACAGGGCUCCGGGCUGGGGGCAAAGCGCGGACACUUCCUGAGCGGGCACCGAGCUGAGGCGAGGGGCGGGAGGGCGGCCGCGCUGGUGCCCUGGACGGGGGAGGGGGCCCCAAGGGACGGAAGCUGUUGCCGGGUUCCCAUGUCCCCGGCGUAUGGGGAGCAGUCGAGGAGCCGCUGCCUGGGGUCUGAAGGGAGCUGCCUCCGCCACCGCCGCCGCCAUGGCCGCUGGAUCCAGCCGCCGCCUGCAGCUGCUCCUGGCGCAAUGAGGAGAGGAUCGGCCGCCACCGCCCGCCUCUGACUGACUCGCGACUCCGCCGUCCUCCAGUUCGCCGGGCCCCCGCCGUCAGCCCGCCGGAUCCCGCCGCUGCCGGAGCCGCAGCGUUUCCCGUCGCAUCUCCGAGCCACCCCCUCCCUCUCCCUCCCUCCUUCCCAUCCCCCCUUCUCUUCAAGCCUGAGACUCGUGAUCCUUCCGCCGCUUCCCUUCAUUGACUCGGAAAAAAAUCCCCGAGGAAAAUAUAAUAUUCAAAGUACUUAUUUUCAAUCAAGUAUUUGCCUCCGUUUCACGUGAUAUUUUUUUAGGAUUCCACCUUUUCCCCCCCUCCCCUCCCAGGAAAGGGAGGGGAAAGAAUUGUAUUUUUUCCCCAGUCUCAGAUCAUCUGUAUGUUAAAUGUCCGUACUGAUCUGUCUUGAAGGAGGAAUACAUCGCUCGUUUUUUAAAAUACCUGUACAAAAGGACUGAAAAGCCAAGAGGACGAAGCUUUUUCUCUUUCUUGUGAGAGAACUUAAUGCUGCAUUUAUCAUUAACCUAACAUCCCAACAUAAAACAAAAGGAAGAAAAGGAGGAAGGAAGGAAAAGGUGAUUCGGAAAGAGGGUAAUCAUGUCAGGGCGGCCCAGAACCACCUCCUUUGCGGAGAGCUGCAAGCCAGUGCAGCAGCCUUCAGCUUUUGGCAGCAUGAAAGUUAGCAGAGACAAGGAUGGCAGCAAGGUAACCACAGUGGUGGCCACUCCUGGGCAAGGUCCAGACAGGCCACAAGAAGUCAGCUAUACAGACACUAAAGUGAUUGGGAAUGGGUCAUUUGGUGUGGUAUAUCAAGCCAAACUUUGUGAUUCAGGAGAACUGGUUGCCAUCAAGAAAGUAUUGCAAGAUAAGAGAUUUAAGAACCGAGAACUCCAGAUCAUGAGAAAGCUAGAUCAUUGUAACAUAGUCCGAUUGCGUUAUUUCUUCUACUCAAGCGGUGAGAAGAAAGAUGAGGUCUAUCUUAAUCUGGUGCUGGACUAUGUUCCGGAAACAGUGUACAGAGUUGCCAGACACUAUAGUCGAGCCAAACAGACACUCCCUGUGAUCUAUGUCAAGUUGUAUAUGUAUCAGCUGUUCCGAAGUUUAGCCUAUAUCCAUUCCUUUGGAAUCUGCCAUCGGGAUAUUAAACCUCAGAACCUCUUGUUGGAUCCUGAUACAGCUGUUUUAAAACUCUGUGACUUUGGAAGUGCAAAGCAGCUGGUCCGAGGAGAACCCAAUGUUUCGUAUAUCUGUUCUCGGUACUAUAGGGCACCAGAGUUGAUCUUUGGAGCCACUGAUUAUACCUCUAGUAUAGAUGUAUGGUCUGCAGGCUGUGUGUUGGCUGAGCUGUUACUAGGACAACCAAUAUUUCCAGGGGACAGUGGUGUGGAUCAGUUGGUGGAAAUAAUCAAGGUCCUGGGAACGCCAACAAGGGAGCAAAUUAGAGAAAUGAACCCAAACUACACAGAAUUCAAAUUCCCUCAAAUUAAGGCACAUCCUUGGACUAAGGUCUUCCGUCCUCGAACUCCACCAGAGGCAAUUGCACUGUGUAGCCGUCUGCUGGAAUACACACCAACUGCCCGAUUGACACCACUGGAAGCUUGUGCACAUUCGUUUUUUGAUGAAUUACGGGACCCCAGUGUCAAACUACCAAAUGGGCGAGACACACCUGCACUCUUCAACUUCACCACUCAAGAACUUUCAAGUAACCCACCACUGGCUACCAUCCUUAUUCCUCCUCAUGCUAGGAUACAAGGAGCUGCUUCAACCCCUACAAAUGCCACAGCAGCCUCAGAUGCUAAUGCUGGAGACCGUGGACAGACCAAUAAUGCCGCUUCUGCAUCAGCGUCCAACUCCACCUGAACACUCCUUAGCAGCCAGCUGCACAGGAACAGCCACCAGUUACUUGAGUGCCACUCCGCAACACUGGUCACGUUUGGAAAGAAAAUUAAAAUGAGAAAAAAACCUGUUCAUUUUAGUGUUCAAUUUUUUUAUUAUUAUUGUUGUUCUUAUUUAACCUUGUAAAAUAUCUAUAAAUACAAACCAAUUUCAUUGUAUUCUCACUUUGAGGGAGAUCCCAGGGGUGGGAAGGGUUGUGGGGAGGGGGAAAGCGGAGCACUAGAACACACAAUCUCUCUCCCAUGACAAUCUUUUUUUAUCAAAAGUCUGCUGUUGUAUACUUUAAAAACAGGACUCCUGCCUCACUCCCCUUCCACAAAAGAAGAAAACCUUGUUCUGUGCUGAAGUUGUUUUUGACUUUUUUUUUCUUCUAAAGUCUAGUGUAAGACUUUGGUAUAGUGCACAGCUUGAAAUUGGUUGGGAGCUUAGCAGGUAUAACUCAACGGGGACUUAAAUAUCACUUGUAAAAUUAAUCCAUAUCCUUGGGUAUUUGAAGACUUGCCUUUGGCAUGUUGAUGACAGGUGUGGCAGACAAAAAAAGAAAUGUGUAUCAUUUGUAACCCAGGGAGGCCAAUAAAAUUUGAAACUAUAAGGGGAAGAGUCCUAAUUGAUUUGUUAAGGUUUUGUUUUGCUCUUAAUCAGUGCUAGUGGUGAAGAAGCUUGUAUAGGAGGCUGCCAAAGGAGGAGCAGCAAGCAGAACUGUGGCAAAUGCACUCUAUGAGUCGAUCUUUGUUUGCUUGACCAAAAUUCUCUGUAAAUCUUAGUACAGUUUUAAACUAGUGGCCCAGGAGAAGACUGAAAGGGGUGUUGGGCAGGACUCUCUGGCUGCAGAAGUCAAAGGCCAAUGAGCCUAGAGGAAGGAGACAGGCCGGGGACAGAUCUCACCACUGUGAAUGAAUUUGUCCAGAUUUUUUCUGAAGUUGCUUCCCUUCGAAAGAUACACUUGAGAUGUGAACUGUAACAGUCUACUGGUUUAUUUUUCAUGUUUUUUAACUGAAAAGUUAGCUUGCAGAAAUUGCCACAUUCUACACAUAGUUCUAAUUUGAAAUCCAAAUCUAGAAUCUGUAUUUAAUUUCAGCUUUUUUUAAACCUUGUGCUUUUUAAAUGUAUUUAUUGAUGCAUGUCCGGUAGGCCAUUAUGAUUUUAGAUGGUAGGAAUAUUAAAAACUACACAUCAAAAUGAUAAACAGUCACUUGUACCUGCUGACUUUAUAGGAAAGCAUUUAAUUAUAUAAAUGUGUGUAUAUAUGUUAUAUAUACAUAUAUUCAAUACUGCCUUUUUUUUCUUGUCUACAUCAAAAUUGAUUGGUUGAAGCAUGACAAGAAUGUUUCCCCCCACACCCAGUUAAGAGUUUUUGUUUCUGUUUUCUUUGUAUAUCAGUGAAUGAUACAAGAAUUGGUCUCUGUUUUUGGAGAAAAAGCAAUAUUCCUUGGAAAGCAAGGAGGAUUGAAGGAUUAUGUUUGCAGUGAGGGAAUAGAUGUUCACAACUAUUUUGUUUUAUACUUUUAAGGUUGACAUCUAUGUGGGCCUUAUAUACAUAUACUCUAAAAUGAACCUUAGUCACCUUGGUGCUUAUGGGCCAUUACUUGACCUAUGAAUCUUUAAGGCACAAUCAGUUGUACUUUACAUUUAAAGAUCACUUGAGUGAUGGCCGCCUUUCCCUCCUACCCACUCCUUCCCCACACACCUUCCAAGUUUAGCUGAUAAUUGUAGGGCUGCAGAUCUGAGCCCUAGGUUGUAUGUAACCUCCCUUCACACUCCUUAGGUCAUGUUAGGGGUCUCGCCCUCCAGCUGGUUCAGAAGUAGAGUCUCUGGCAGCCCUCAUGCAGGCCCUAGCCCCCUGUUCUGCUUCUUAACCAUGUGCAUGACUCUCCAAGAGAGUCUUGCUGCCUGCUGAAGUGUACCGAUACCCAGAAAGACAGUUAUGAGCCAUUUUAGCUUUCAUUCACUGUUUAGCUAAGCUCUUAGGCCACAAAAGGGGUUUCUCAAACCUCUGGUUAUAUCAGAGUUCAUGAGAAAGGAAACAUGCUCAGUCAAACCAAAUCAAACAAAUUGAAUUUUAUGUUUUAUAAAGUGCUUCUGAGUGUUAAUUAAGAUUUGAAAGAAGUCUGAAAUCAAAGUAUUUGGCAACAUAAUUCCUUAAAGGGAAUUGCUUUGAUUGACCGGUUUCAGAAAGGAUUUAUAAAGAAUCUGAAAAGGCAGGUCUGUGACAGAGAAAUAGACCUGCUUUCAGAUCAAACUGCCCAGCCAAAUGUUUGGAUACAGACACUCUUCUGGACUUGGUAUACUUGCUAGAGUCCAUAAAAAUUAGUGCUUGUUUUAGGAAACACCUUUACCCCCACAAAUGGGGUAAGAGAAGAAGAGAGAAAAGUCAGAUGCUUUUCUCUUGUGUGUGUGUGUGUGUGUGUGUGUGUGUGUGUGUGUGUGUGUGUGUGUGUGUGUGUGUGAGGGCUGAGGUGCAUGAUUUUUCUUUCUCAAGGAUCAUGAUAGGAUCACAGAACUCUUUUAUACAAGUGAGAUCCAGGUCUCUAAAUAUCUUUUUGUAAAUAAUAAUAAUAAUUAAAAGCUCCUCACCAAAUUCAAGCUUGUACAUUAUAUUUUCUUUCAAUGUUUUAAAAUUUGUUUUAUUGUUUUGUAUGUAAAUAUGUGGACCCAGGAACUGUUAUUAAUGAGCAAAAAGUUACUGUUCAGGGCAGUGAUUCUGUUUAAUAAUCAGACAAAAUGUAGACGAGCUUUUUAAAGCCAUAUAGUUUUAACUCUGUACAGUAGGUACCGGCCUGUAUUAUUGUAACAAUAACUCUAGCAAUGUAUAGUGUAUCUAUAUAGUUUGGAGUGCCUUCGCUUCCAUGUGUUUUUUCAUUUGUUUGUUGUUGUUUUUCACUUAAAAUUUUAAUUGGUUUUCUUUAUCCGUGUCUCCCUGUCCAUCCCCUUUCUCUUUGAAAUAAUAACUCACUCUUAACAGUAUCUUUGCCCCUUCCACAGUUAAGUUUCAGUGAUACCAUGCUCAGGAGUGGGAGAGGAAACUGUGUUCAUAAUCUCAUUUCGUUCAAUCCCUACCUUUGUUUUGGUUUUGAACGUCUGUUUCCUCCUCAGUAGCAGUGACCGGUUUUGUUUCAUACUGAGUCCAUUCAGGGACUUAGUGUAGCACCAGGGAGCCCUAGAGCUGGAGGAUAUCGAAUAGAUUAGAUUUUGCUCGUCUCUUCCACAAGCCCUAACCAUGGGUCUUACGAACAGCAGAUUCUGGGAGCCUUCCAUGCGCGUGCUCUCCUCCUUACCUACUUCCCUCCCAAAAGAGAGGAGGAGAACUGGAUUUUUAUAAAUUGAAGUUUCUUAAAAUUGGGUUUUGAUAUGUCAGUUGUCUAAAAUGCUGUAGUGCAAUUACUAGCAAUUACUGCACGGAGUGCUGCCGUGCCAGUAGAGGACUAUGGUUUUAACAAGGAGCUCUUAGUCCAUUCCCUCCCUUCUUCCAUUUCUACCCCUGUUAAAUGAAAUGUCAUUCUAAUUUCUUUUUUAAAAAUCAGUUUAAUUCUUAUUGUGUGCCUGACAUGAAGGCCUUUAUUGAAAGAAAAAAAUAGAAAGUAUUUGUUUCUCCUCCAACUACUCCAUAUAUGAUGUCUUGAAAAGAAAAACAACAAACUGUACCAAACCAAAGGUUGCUAUUUAUGAAACAUCAUGUGUUCAUUCCAGCAAGGCAGAAGACUGCACCUUUUUUCCAAUGACAUGUCAUUUUUUAAAGUCCUCUUAAUUUUUAGACGUAUUUUUGGUUUGUGUUUUAACAAAGUAUGCCUAACCAGUCAUCUUGUCUGCACCAAUUCAAAGGUUUCUGAGACGACUAUUAUAUUCUCUAUCCCUGUGGUUAUAAAGACACUGGCUUUUCACUUAUUUUUCCCUUUCCUAUUUAAAGGAUUUAACUUUGGAAUCUUCCAAAGGAAGUUUGGCCAAUGCCAGAUCCCCAGGAGUUUGGGGUUUUUUCUUUGUUUUAAACCAAAAUUUUAUCUGAUUCCUAUUGUUCAUGUUAGUGAUCAUCUAAUCACAGAGCUGAACACUUCUCCCCUGUAUAGGAAAGUAAGCAUGCUUUACAAUAAAGUCUGCCUUUUCUGGUAAACCUGAGCCACUGAAAAUAAGAGGCAACUAGAAGCACAGUAGAGUCCCAGACUAAGGUCUACCUUUGAGAGGCUUUGAAAGUAAUCCCUGGGGUUUGGAUUAUUUUCACAAGGGUUAUGCCAUUUUAUUUAAGGUAGUUGCUCCGUUUUGCACCUCUGCAAUAAAAGCAAAAUGACAACCAGUACAUAAGGGGUAAGCUUGACAAAGUAGACUUCCUUGUGUUAAUUUUUAAGUUUUUUUCCUUACUAUAUCUGUCUACAGGCAGAUACGGAUAGAUGUGUGAAAAUAUGCUUGCCUGUAAAAUUUGCAUUUAUAAAUGUGUUGCCGAUGGAUCACUUGGGCCUGUACACAUACCAAUUAGCGUGACCACUUCCAUCUUAAAAACAAAUCUAGAAAACAAAAUUUAUUAUAUAUAUAUAUAUAAAGGACUGUGGGUUGUAUACAAACUAUUGCAAACACUUGUGCAAAUCUGUCUUGAUAUAAAGGAAAAGCAAAAUCUGUAUAACAUUAUUACUACUUGAAUGCCUCUGUGACUGAUUUUUUUUCAUUUUAAAUAUAAACUUUUUUGUGAAAAGUAUGCUCAAUGUUUUGUUUUGUUUUCCCUUUCCCCAUUCCCUUGUAAAUACAUUUCGUUCUAUGUGACUUGGUUUGGAAAUAGUUAACUGGUACUGUAAUUUGCAUUAAAUAAAAAGUAGGUUAGCCUGGAAAUGAAAUUAAAAUUCACAAGUGUGUGGUCUUUAUUUCAGUGCCCAGCCCUCUUUCUUCACUCUACCUAUUUGCCACUGCAAUACAUAGUCACAUCACCAUCUCUGUUCCUCUAAUUAGGGAAACAUGAAUCUUUGUUAUAAAAAUCAAGAUAUGAACACUUCUCGUUCUUUCAAAUGAUCUUAUUCCAUUGUGUAGCCCCAAGAGGUGCAGCUUCCAUCUUGGAAACCUUUGGAUUUGAUGUAGAGGAAGCUUUGCAGACACUGUUUUGAAAAGAAAGAAAACAUCCCUGAAAAGGACAAUUUUUAAAACGUGUAUAAGCUGCUGUCUUUGGUUACUGUGUUCACGGUUUGGUGUAGCUAUAUUUUCUUUUAACUUUCAUCCUAUUAGUAAUGGUCUUUGGGGGUCUCUGUAAAAUAUAUGAACACCACAAACAGUGGGGCUGUACCUCCCAGGUAACUAACACAUGUUGUGUUUGAGUCUGCUCAUUUCCAAUACUGGAUGAUGUAUGUAAAUAUGUUAUGUCUCUUAGAGCAAAAAGAAACAUUUUUUUAGGGCUGGCUCACUCUGUCAGGCCUAAUCUAAAGGCUAGAUAUAAGGUCAUGUGACUGCUGCUUCAAUAAAAAUCAAAUUUAUAUUCGAU